AUGCACGAGUCGUCGAUCAAGACUGUCAAAGUUGUCGUCGUCGGUGAAUCGGGAGCCGGAAAAACGGCACUUUUAUCAACAUUUCUCGAAAAUUCGUUCGAAUCUGACCCCAUGACCACAAUUGGUAUCGAUUUUAAGCAUAAGAUUGUGCAGCUCGAUGACGGACAGUCAAUUCGCCUUCAACUUUGGGAUACUGCUGGCCAAGAGAGAUUCCGGCAGCUCACUCCAUCCUACAUCAGAAGUUCGAAGGUUGCUCUUCUCGUAUUUGAUUUGUCAGAUGCGCAAUCAGUCGAACACCUCAUCCGAUGGAAGCGGAUUAUUGAGAAGAAUAAGGGAACUGACACGAUCACGAUCAUCGUUGGAAACAAAAGCGAUCUGGUGAAUGGAAAACGAGCUCCGGCAUUGACUAGUCUCCUGAAGAAAAUGGGUGAUGAUUAUAUCGAAACGUCAGCAAAAACAGGAAAAAAUAUUAAGGAACUUUUCACCAAAGUCGCAUGCCUCCCAUUUCCCGAACAUCAAACAAGCUCAAUCGUCCUCUUGAAUCAACCUCGGCCGGAAACCAAGAAGUGUUGCUUUUAA